AGGCUCAUAUUUUAUGACGUAGCCUAUCUACUUCCUUUUCCUGUCGGCCAUUUGUCGUAGACGAUUUGUAGGCGACCACCCACACCCGCUCUCAAAAUGCAGAACGACGCUGGUGAAUUUGUGGAUCUUUACGUCCCACGAAAAUGCUCUGCAAGCAACAGAAUCAUUGGAGCAAAGGAUCACGCCUCCAUCCAGAUCAACAUUGCUGAGGUCGACAAAGUGACUGGUCGCUUCAAUGGUCAGACCAAGACCUACGCCAUCUGCGGAGCCAUUCGAAGGAUGGGAGAAUCUGACGACUCCAUUCUGAGGUUGGCCAAGACUGAUGGUGUUGUUGCAAAGAACUUCUGAUUUUCACGUUGGAGCUGUGGAUCAUUUGUUAAAUAAAAUGGAAGAAAAAGCUAAA